AUGUCAGUUAAAUUAACGCUGGAAUUUGAAGUCUUUCCUCGGAGAGAAGAUUUCGAAAAGCAGAAAAUGAUCCAACCUUGGAUGACUUGGAAACAAACAUGCGCGGAGACUCAGAAAAGCAUGCAGACAGCCUAUGAGCACAACAAAGCAUAUGGCUUCGACGAGCGUUUCUGCCAAGACCAAGACCCAAUCGCGAUCGCCUAUCAAGCGAAAAAGAUUCACGAAGAAUGCGUCCUGUACAAUCCUUGUGGUGGUGGAGCAGCGUCAAUGAAGAUUUCGAGACCGGAAUGCUUAACUUAUCAAAACGACCUAGAUAGCUUGUAUCAAGCCUGGACUACUGCUUGUGAGAUUCAAAGGUCAUGUGGGGAAGAUGAUUUCUGCAUGGACAAACAAAAUCUGCUGCAACUUGCUGAUAAGUCGCUGUAUAAUUGUACAAUAAGAUGGCCUUGCGAUGACUUUACAAUGUCAGUCUGGGAAACUGCCUGUAACGUGCUUCAAUCCACUGUUGAUACUGCAUACGAUCUUGCUGAGACUGCUGGAAAGCAAGGAGUUGACGCUUUCUGCCUCGAAACAAGCAAAGAAUUGUACAUGGGUCAGGCGAAGGCCGUCAAUGCUGACUGCAAAAUUGACUGGCCCUGCUCUAGCGCUGACUCGAUGAAGAUCUCAUUCCUUCUUCUUGCCAUCUUUGCAUUUCUGAUGAUGAAAAACUGA